AUGUGUGCUGGGGUUGUGGUCAUGUGCAGACUGGAUCGGACUGGCUGUCAGCGAAGCAGCCUCAUCCUGCUGCUGCUGCUUCUCCUCUACGGCUCCCUCAAGGCCUCGGAGGCUGCCAAACCCAAAGGACCGGGACACACGCAUUUGAACUCCAUCCGCAUCGACGGGGAUAUCUCGCUGGGCGGGCUGUUCCCGGUACAUGCCAGGGGCCACGAUGGCAAGCCAUGUGGGGAGCUGAAGAAGGAGAAGGGCAUACACAGACUGGAGGCCAUGCUCUUCGCCCUUGACCGAAUCAAUAAUGACAAUAAUCUGCUGCCUAACAUCACGCUGGGGGCGCGGAUCUUGGACACCUGUUCCAGGGACACUCACGCCUUGGAGCAGUCCCUCACCUUCGUGCAGGCCCUGAUCGAGAAGGACGGGACGGAUGUCAAAUGUCUGGGCGGCGGGGCGCCCAUCAUCACCAAGCCAGAGAGGGUGGUGGGCGUCAUCGGAGCCUCCUCCAGCUCUGUGUCCAUCAUGGUGGCCAACAUACUGCGCCUGUUUAAGAUACCCCAGGUGAGCUAUGCCUCCACGGCUCCAGAACUGAGCGACAACACCCGCUACGACUUCUUCUCGCGCGUGGUGCCUCCGGACACCUACCAGGCCCAGGCCAUGGUGGACAUCGUCAAAGCCAUGCGAUGGAACUAUGUCUCCACGGUGGCUUCAGAAGGGAACUACGGAGAGAGCGGCGUCGACGCUUUCAUUCAGAAGUCUCGGGAGGACGGGGGUGUGUGCAUCUCACAGUCGGUCAAGAUUCCCCGGGAGCCCAAGCAGGGAGAGUUUGACAAGGUCAUCCGGAGACUCAGAGAAAACCCAAAUGCAAGAGUUGUCAUACUUUUUGCCAAUGAAGAUGAUAUCAGGCGGCUACUGCAUGCAGCUAAAAAGGCCAACCAGACAGGUCAUUUCAUCUGGGUGGGCUCCGACAGCUGGGGCUCAAAGAUCUCCCCGGUUCUGCACCAGGAGGAGAUGGCAGAGGGGGCAGUCACCAUCUUGCCAAAGCGCCAGUCUAUCAAAGGGUUUGAUCGUUACUUCAUCAGCCGUACGCUGGAAAACAACAGGAGGAAUAUCUGGUUUGCUGAGUUCUGGGAGAACAACUUCAACUGCAAACUCAGCCGUCAUGCUUUGAAGAAAGGGUCCGGACUCAAAAAGUGCACAAAUCAGGAGCGGAUAGGAAAAGAUUCAUCAUACGAACAGGAAGGAAAAGUACAAUUUGUCAUUGACGCGGUCUAUGCAAUGGCCCAUGCCCUGCACAGUAUGCACCAGGAGCUCUGCCCCGGGAAGGUGGGGCUCUGCUCCAGAAUGGAUCCCAUCAACGGCACUCUUCUGCUGAAGCACAUCCGCCGCCUCAACUUUGCAGGCAUAGCUGGCAACCCAGUGCUCUUCAACGAAAACGGAGAUGCCCCCGGGCGCUAUGAGAUAUACCAGUACCAGAUCCGAAACCGAUCGGCGGAAUACAAAAUCAUUGGCCACUGGACAGAUCAGCUCCAUCUUAAUGUUCGCUCGAUGCAGUGGCCAGGCGGUGUGCGUCAGGUCCCUUCCUCAAUCUGCAGCCAGCCCUGUCAGCCUGGCGAGCGCAAGAAGACAGUGAAGGGUAUCCCUUGCUGCUGGCACUGUGAGCGCUGCGAUGGCUAUCAGUACCAGGCAGACGCCUACACCUGUAAGAUGUGUCGCUUUGAUUUGCGGCCCAACGAGAAUCACACAGCCUGCUUUCCGAUCCCCAUCGUCAAACUGGAAUGGAGCUCCCCGUGGGCGAUCAUCCCCGUCCUCAUCGCGGUUGUCGGCAUCAUGGCCACCCUGUUCGUGGUGAUCACGUUCAUCCGCUACAACGACACGCCGAUUGUGAAGGCAUCGGGCCGAGAGCUGAGUUACGUGCUGCUAACUGGCAUCUUCCUCUGUUACGCCACCACCUUCUUAAUGAUCUCCACCCCCGAUGUAGGGAUUUGCUCCCUCCGAAGGAUCUUCUUGGGCCUGGGCAUGAGCAUCAGUUACGCUGCUCUGCUCACCAAAACCAACCGCAUUUAUCGCAUCUUUGAGCAGGGCACCAUGAGCGUGAGCGCACCCAGGUUCAUUUCCCCGGCCUCGCAGCUGGUCAUCACUUUUACCCUCGCCUCAGUGCAGCUGCUCGGUGUAUGUAUCUGGUUUGGCGUGGACCCCUCCCAGGCCAUCAUUGACUAUGAGGACCAGAGGACAUCUAAUCCGAUGCUGGCCCGUGGUGUGCUGAAAUGUGACAUCUCUGACCUGUCUCUGAUCUGCCUGCUGGGGUACAGCAUGCUGCUCAUGGUCACCUGUACAGUCUACGCCAUUAAAACCAGGGGGGUGCCAGAGACCUUCAACGAAGCCAAACCCAUUGGUUUUACCAUGUACACCACCUGCAUUAUUUGGCUGGCAUUCAUCCCAAUCUUCUUUGGCACCUCACAGUCAACAGAAAAGAUGUACAUCCAAACAACCACGCUGACCAUCUCCGUGAGCCUGAGCGCCUCGGUGUCCCUGGGGAUGCUCUACAUGCCCAAGGUCUACGUGGUGCUCUUCCACCCCGAGCAGAAUGUGCCCAAACGCACGCGCAGCCUCAAGGCCGUGGUUACCGCCGCCACCAUGUCCAACAAGUUCAACCCCAAGGCCAGUCUAAGACCCAACGGGGAGGCCAAGACCGAGCUGUGCGAAAGCCUGGAGACGCAAUCUUUCCCAACAAAGCAAACAUACAUCAGCUACAGCAACCAUGCAAUCUAGGGGACGAAGGGCAUCAUCACUGUUCAGGAUUUACACCUGAUGGAGAAAAUGCGUGUAUGCAGUGGAAUUCUAAAUGGAUGUGUCAUUAUUUGGGUGGGAGUCGCAGGCGGGUACCCGAAGAAACGACAUGGCAAGGACAGACCACACAGUUGCAGGGAAGGACCCCCCAGGGGACCAGAACAGAUACGGUACAAUUGUACGGCUCCAUCUUCUGUCAGCCUCACCAGAAAAACACGAAACACUUGCACGGCAGAGGCCAGGAGACUAAAGGAUGGAGCUUUCGUUUGAGUGUUUACAUUUCAGCUAUGCCCUCUAUCAAAGACUUCUCUCUCAUCCCGAGCGGUGCUGGCUGACAUUCAACUGAGAUCAAGAAUAUGUUCAGGUGUUCUCAAUGUCGUCUGCCAGUUUUGUGAACAAAAAUGAAUAUUAAAAUCCUCAAGGCGUCACGAGGGAUUAAUCAACACCAAAAAGGCAUGAAAACAUGAUCCAUGAGUUUGUAAGACAGGGUUUAUGUUUAUUUUAUUUCUCGUAUUCCAGUUACAUGGAUGAAAUGGGAAUCAUUUCAACAAUGCAAGAUAUCUGUAUCAGACUCCAUGUACAUUUUUUUUUUUUCCCUCUUCCAAGUCUCCACUGAGUUAACAACGGUGACUACACCUAUAAAAAUGGUCUCUGCUGAUUUUGAGCAUGCCAGUUUGAACAUCCUGUGUUGUGUUGUUAAAAAAAAAAAAAAGAGAAAAAAAAAAAAAAA